GCGCCGAGGGCGACCGUCAACUUGUCCCGCACACGGUGUGCGGUGGCCAGGGCAGCACAGUAGCAACACCGUCCGUCGACACAAGGCAGGGGGCUGAAAAGCUCCAGCUCUGCUCAUCGAGACCAGCCCUGAUGUAAGACCAGCAUGUGCAGGUGUUCACUGACGUGCCACGACCUUAGCCUUUGGCACAAGGAGCCAUGGCGUUUCGUCACCACUCGGUGGCAAUACCCUGGUCGGAAGAGCACGGGAUAUCUCUGCUAUCGCUUGGCAGUCGCCUGCUUCUUCUUCGUCUGGACUGUCAUCGACAUGGCGACAUAUGCCGUUCCUGGUCAGCGCUCCCGCUGGCUGAUCCACAUCACCAACUGGAGCAAGCUGUUCGUGAUGAUUGACGUGGUGCUGCAAGCUGCACACACCUGCCACUACCAGCUGUGGAAGCUGCGGAAACGUCCACCAGGAAGAACCGCGGUCCCGGGAGCAUACGUUCUGCAGGAGAUCAGCUUUAACCCACUGCUCCGGUUCUUGUAUGGUAUUCAGUGGUUCUUCACCAACGUCAGUGGCGUGUUCGCCGUCGUCACCGUUAACGUCGCCUUCAUCGAGGACGACAGCAGCGGCGCCUUCCGUGCCGCCCGCUACUUCACCAGCCUGUUGUACGUCCUGCUGGACCAUCUGGUGCACAACCAGCCCAAGCACAUGCUGCACGUCUUCUACUCGCUCUUCCUGCACGUCAUCUACAUCGUCUUCAACGCCAUCUACGUCAUGGCCGGCGGCACAACGGCCAGCGGCUCGUCCGUGAUCGACGGCAUCGACUGGAGCAACACGGCCACCACCAGCGGCUUCGUCAGCCUUAGCGUCUUCCUCGUGUUCCUGGCGCACGGUGGCCUGUGGCUUCUGGCGCGCCUGAGGGAGGUGCUCUACAGCUGCCUGUCGGACGAGCACGCCAUCAAGCUGCCCCUGGGCACCACCGGGCCGCCGCCGUACGGUGCCAUGCGCCAGGACCCGGAAGGCGGCCAUCCGAGUCCCGUCAUCAAGGAGAAGCAGAGCCAUGCAGGCGACCGCAACAGCCCCACCUCGAAGGCGACGCCCAUCCCGGGCCACCAGCCGCUGCCGGCGGAGGUCGACCCAGCCGCCGCUUCACCGAUCACGACCGGCAGCUCGCCGGCGGGGUCACGUGACCCGGCCCAACCCCGAUAGAAGCACCCCGACACCAAGUUCUGUUGGCGUAGCUCUCCAUGCUGAUUAUUAACAGUGGCAGGCAUGCGCGGGCUGACAGGACGGCAUGCGCAUGCUGACAAGACGGCAUGCGUGUACGGCUGGCAUUUUGGCGUUUGCUCUGUUAAACCAUCUGCUCCAGACUCGCACCUCCUGUCUGUGACCGAUCGAGCCGACCUAAUUGGUCAGUCGGUCGGUCUGACCUGGCCGGGCCAUCCAGGUCAGGUCAGGACGUGUGGAGUCAGGCGAAAGGCACGUGUGCUGGCAGUCAUUCCGCGCACAACGUACUGGUGGAAUAAAACUGAGAGGCUUGUUUUUGUGCGUCAUGUUACGUCAACGAGUGUCAAGAGUUUAAUGUGGUAUAGUAUGUGUGGCUUUCACAGACUCUCCUGAAAUUUGUACUCGUCUUGCACUACAUUGUACCUCGUGGGGCUUACGCACAAGCUGUGCACUUUUCAUGCAACAAGGGAAUUUCCUUUUGCAUUUUCCCAUCAGCAUCGGUCCAGCACCUAGACUGCAGCGAUACGUGCGUGCGCGAACCGUGUAGCAGGUGUCAAAGGGUGUGCGUGACUCUAGAACAGGGACCGGUGCGCAUGAGUUAUGCGACUUGGCAUCUGCAGACCACAAUAUCUCUGGUACUAGCCACGGCUCGCACUCGGACUCAGGUGUGUAUUGCGGUGCGCAACUUGACCGAGCUGGUAUCACUACCAGUUACCCGUUUUCAUAUUCGCUAUUCCGGUUUGGGAACUAUACCUGCGUCUGCACAAAACAUGCUGUAACCGCAGGAUGUCACGCGAAUCUGUUGGUUUUGGUUGUUGACUGCUCCAAACUGUGGUGUUUUGAAUAUAUGCACGUGUGCACGUGUGAAUAUAUGCAAUUUAAGUGCUGAA